GGGCUACCCCCAUUCCUGCCCACCACAGGAACGCCUGGAGCAAUCCAGGAAGAAGGCUGCCUUUGAUGCAAGAGGCUCUCCUUUCCCAGGAUCAGGAAAGGAACCGCCUGAAGAUGAUUGGUGGAGGGCUGGCAUUCCUUAGCCUAGAACUCCAAGCAGUGAGAAGAUCAGGCCCCAUUGUGAUGCAGGCGCCUCCCUUGGGCAUCACAAUGGAAGUGGCGCCCUGGCCUCCCUCUGGGCUCUCUGCCAGCCUGCCCUUUGCAGUAGGCCCUUCAAGCUGUCAGGUCAACUGUAGGGAGCCCUUCUCCGCCGCCUUCCUUCGAUAGACAGGUCUGGGGCUCGGACAUGAGCUCCCAAGAGACCCCACAAGCUCGGAGAUUCCCAAUAGAGGCAGGAGAUUCUCCCAGCCUGGCAACGGCCCCCGAAACUCAGGAGCCCGUUGCCCCCGAGCGCGCUGCAACAAGGCAGCUGCGAAGAUGUCCAGGGUGCCACUGCCUGACCUUGCCCAAUGUCCCCAUUGAUGUCUACAUUGCCAUGGGUGGGAGCCACAGGCCACGAACUACCUGAAGAUUUCCCCAGGUCGGCUCAAGUGCUGAGGCCACAGCGGCUGUCCCAGGAAACACACUGACAGCCAGACAACAGUGAAGCAAGCCACACAGAACAGUGACGCACAUUUUAAUAAAAGGACACC